GAAGGCAUCCGGGAACUUCGCCAUAUAGACAUGGCGGGCAUUAACUGUAGUGAAUGACGACAAAUUGAUAGAAAAAUAUUGUUAAAAGAAGUGUUUUUAUGGUGAAUGUAACUGUUAUUAAAACACAGAUUAAUGUCGUAUAUUAUUGAGGAUAGAUAAAAAUGCAGAAUGUAGCACAAGGAGCCGUCGCAGAUAAUCAAAAACAGGAUCAAGUGAAUGGACAGCACGGUGUAAUAAAAUCGUCUACUCCCCAAUCCAACAUAUCGAGUCCAACAAAAUCUGAAACUGAAACAUUUUCAGAACAGCCGCGAUUUAUGUCAGAUUCAUCGGAAAGUGAAGAGGAUAGCGUUUCUGAGGUGGAGUCGUUUGUACUUGACCAGGCGGAGUUGGACGACGAGCCCAGACUCGAGAAUUCCACAUUUUUAUUAUCAGCAACUGAAGAAGCUGAGAGAAACGUCGAUCCAGAAACACAAGCAAGAUUAGAAGCAUUAUUAGAAGCUGCUGGUAUUGGUAAAUUGUCAUCUGGUGAUGGGAAACAUUUAGCAGACCCAGAUGUAUUACGUCGCUUAACGUCUAGUGUAUCUUGUGCCCUUGACGAAGCUGCCGCAGCACUUACACGUAUGCGUACUGAUAAUCCACGUUCUUCAAUCAUUACCGAAAAAACGGUUCUGGACAACGCUAGAUCACUAGUUGAGGCGUGUUCAGAUGGUGAUGUUGGAACAGUACGAAAAUUACUUACAGAGGGUCGAAGUGUUCACGAAACUACUGAAGAAGGUGAAAGUUUAUUAUCAUUAGCGUGCAGUGCUGGAUAUUUUGAAUUAGCACAAGUAUUACUUGCCAUGCAUGCCAAUGUAGAAGAUCGUGGUAUUAAAGGGGAUUGUACACCUCUCAUGGAAGCAGCUUCUGCUGGCCAUGUGGAUAUUGUACGACUUCUUAUUGCUCAUGGAGCUGAUGUUAAUGCACAAUCUUCAUCUGGCAACACACCAUUAAUGUAUGGAUGUGCAGGCGGACAUGAAGAAGUUGUGCGAGUACUUUUAGAAGCCGGUUCAAAUGUUGAAGAUCAUAAUGAAAAUGGUCAUACACCUUUAAUGGAAGCCGCUAGUGCGGGGCAUGUUGGAGUAUCAAAAAUUUUAUUAGAAUUUGGAGCAGGAAUUAACACACACUCGAAUGAAUUUAAAGAGAGUGCAUUAACUCUUGCCUGUUAUAAAGGACAUUUAAAUAUGGUGAGAUUCCUAUUAGAUGCGGGCGCUGAUCAAGAACAUAAAACCGAUGAAAUGCAUACGGCAUUAAUGGAAGCCUCAAUGGACGGACAUGUUGAAGUGGCCAGACUACUAUUAGAUUCUGGUGCACAAGUCAACAUGCCAACAGAUAGUUUUGAAUCACCAUUAACGUUAGCCGCAUGUGGGGGCCACGUUGAUCUAGCAAUGUUACUAAUCGAACGUGGUGCCAAUAUUGAAGAAGUCAACGACGAAGGAUACACUCCAUUAAUGGAAGCCGCACGUGAAGGCCAUGAAGAAAUGGUUGCGUUGCUAUUAAGUCAGGGUGCAAAUAUCAACGCCCAAACGGAGGAAACGCAAGAAACCGCCUUAACAUUAGCAUGUUGCGGCGGUUUUUUAGAAGUAGCCGACUUUUUAAUAAAAGCGGGUGCUGAUUUAGAGUUGGGAGCAUCGACACCGUUAAUGGAGGCAUCACAAGAAGGUCACAUUGAUUUAGUACGCUUUCUAUUAGAAUCGAAUGCGGAUGUUCAUGCACAAACGCAAACCGGCGAUACAGCUUUGACGUAUGCCUGUGAAAAUGGACACACCGACGUGGCAAAUAUUUUGUUGCAAUAUGGUGCAGAUCUUGAACAUGAAUCUGAAGGUGGACGAACACCGUUGAUGAAAGCAUGUCGGGCUGGACAUUUAUGUACUGUACAAUUCCUAUUGCAAAAGAAUGCGAAUGUAAAUCGACAAACAACAAAUAAUGAUCAUACACCAUUGUCGUUGGCAUGUGCUGGAGGUCAUCUUGCCGUUGUUGAAUUACUUCUUUCCCAAUCAGCUGACCCAUUCCAUAAAUUAAAGGAUAAUUCUACUAUGUUAAUUGAAGCUGCCAAAGGCGGUCAUACUAGUGUUGUCCAAUUAUUAUUAGAUUAUCCUCAUUCUAUAAUGAUGACCCCAAAUCAUGGUGCGGCUGGACAUUCCGUACCAACUUCCCAAUCAACACCAAUACCUGCUGAUGCAACUGUUUCGAGUACUGCAGAUUUGUAUUCAGGGUUACAUGAAGUUCCUGACGCUGUCCGUGCGAUGGCAACCCAACAAGAUGAUAGCAACACAAAUGAUGGUGGUAUUACUGGUUUAAAUGCACCAUCAAUGCGUUUAUCAGAUUCCAGCCAAACAUUAACAACCACCGCACACCAGCAAAACCAACAACAAGUACCCCAACAGCAACAAACCUCAUUAGUGGGCAAACAAAAGUCAUUAAUGCGUAAAAAUCGUUUAUCAAGUGGUAUCACCUUUGAUAACAACCUUACCUCAGCCGAAGCUCAACAAGUACGAACACAACCUAUUGGCGAAUCAUCUUCAACACCACCUAGUGGACCCACCAACAAUACUACUACAAACACUACGACGACAACAAGUGAAGUGAUAGAACUCUUAUGUGAUGAAGAUAAUAGUAUCUUAGAUAAAGGAAGUACAGGAACACCAGCUGCUUUUAUUAGCUCAACAACUUCCCCCGCAUCCUUAACAUCACCAACUACUGCUUCAUCCGCUACAUCUUCGUCAACAUCAGCCACCUGUACAACGGUUGUAUCAAAUGUUCCGCCCACCACCGGUAGCGUUAUGGAAUUCAUAAAAGCUCGUAAACAACAACAACAGCAUUCUAGGGAGGAGCAAAUAUUACAAAAACAACAAAUUUUGGAGGAAUUACAGAGAGUUGAACGGCAAUUACAAGUUAAAGCACCAAAUCAUCUAUUGUUGAAAACGUAUGGUAUGACAUUGGAUCCAAUACAACAGUCUACAUCCGCUACGAAUACGAAUAAUGGGGGUACAUCGACUACGUCUUUGAUACCCGGUGUUUUGAAUAUUGAUUUGGCAUCACAAAAUGUUGCAUCCAAUACUCAAGGGUUGGUAUGUGGCACUGGUGGUAUGUCGGGUACAUUAUUUCAUCAAGGCGCCAACAACAUUGUCCACAAUGCUUUCUACACAGGCAAACCAAAUGCAAGUGGUGCAAGUGGUACUGUCGCUGCUCAAUCAUUUGUAUCACCAGUAACACCACUACAACCAUUAUCAUCCGUUACAGUUUCAUCUGGUGUUAAUACUGAUCAGACUUCUGCUGUUUCAUAUUUAGUACCAUACGCAACCAGUAAUCAACAAACGUUAACAGCGGCUGCAGCUGCAGUUACCGCUACACAACAACAAACCACUCAACAACAGCAACCUCAACCUCAACCCUUAUGUGCAACUUCAUCAGAAGUGAAUCAGAAUACGGCGAUCAGUGAUCGACCUAAAGCAAAACCAGUUUCAAAAAAGGAUAGCAAGAAUCAACGUAAACAACAACAGGCAGCGGCGCAACAACAGGCAGCACAGGCGCAGCAACAGCAACAACAACAAGCACAGGCGCAACAACAACAACAACAGAAUGUUGCAACAAAUUUAACAACAACAAUACAAACAAAUACUAAUUAUCCAACAACAUUACAACAAUUACAAAAUAAUCAACAACAAACAGCGGUUGCAAUGAUUCAACAACAUUUACAGAAACAUCAUCAACAGGCACCAACAUUAGUAGGUAACAAUGGUGGGAAUUCCGGUAGUACGAAUCAAAUACAAUCACAAACAGCAAAUACAAUCCUAUCACAUAUGCAAUUGUUACAACAACAUACACCUCAACAGGUGCAUCAAGUGUUGCAACAAACUGGUGAACAGUUACGUUCAAUUGGUGGCGGUGCAACACCAACCACAACGGUUGGUGAUGAUUUAGUGAAUAUGUUAUCGGAGCAACAUCGUCAACUGUUUGAAGACUCAGAGAAAUUGAAACAGGAUGUGGCGAUCAGAGAUUUGGAUACAACUGUUGAUGAUGUUGUUCAAACGUUGGAAACAUUUAGUUUGGAUGAUGUUACAAACGUAACAUCUGUUGAUCAAGAUAAAUUACAAGUUGCCCAACAAGCUGCUGCAUUACGUGGUCAAACAUUUGACACAAAUCAAAUUGUUUUGGAACAAGCAAUGUCCGCAAUGGCUGCAGUGCAUUCACAACAAGGGCAAAAUGUAGUUGUAUGCAAUCAACAAUUACAGAUACAACAUCAACCCACUGUAGUAAAUACAUCACAGGCGGAUGUAACUAGAGUCGAGUACUUUGCUGUACCAACAUCUGUUGCACCUGUACCUGGUCUGGCUGUACAGCAUGCAACUGGUCUACAAUUUCAAUAUCAGCAGUAUCAAUUAACAACAGGUUUACAAGUAGCCACAAGUGGAGGUAACAUGCAACUGCAAGGAAACACCACAUCAACGACACCUGGUGGUAUUGAUAUGACAUCAGGCUUACAGAUAGGGGCUGCGUCAACAGCACCACAAAUACAAAGAAUGCAAAGGUUUAAUACUUCUGCACAGUAUCAAGCUGGUUUUCAAGCGGGUAUUCAACGUUACUUGGAAUCUCAACUUGGUGCAUGCCCUGCUCAAUGCCAGACCUUACCAACAUCCUCAGACAACACCAAUUUAUCCGUAACAAGUGUUCAACAACCUCAACAACCUGGUCAACAGCAACAGCAACAACAGCCAAUAUCAGCAACUGCCACUGGACAGUAUGUCCAACCAUCGUGCACUGCACAUCAAGUACAAGUAGCUACACAAACCCCACAACCACAGCCACCCAAUGUACCAGCAGUGAUCUCUGAAAAGAAGUCUAGUAAAAAUGAAGGUGGAAAAUCAAAGAAACGUUUUCAAAUGGUCUCUAGACAUGCAUCAAAUGUACCACCGUCUCAACGUCAAGAUAAUGGUCAGUUUCCUAAUUCACAAUCGUAUCAGGUUGAUCCAAAUACAGGCGUAACGCAACAAUAUACACCAACGCAAACGUAUAAUCCAGCAUCGGGUAUUACGCAAACACCACAAACCGCAUUCUCAUGUAUGGAUGUGGACUCGGAAACGGAUAGUAAUCAUGAUACAGCAUUAACACUAGCAUGUGCUGGUGGACAUGAAGAAUUAGUUGAGUUACUAUUAUCUAGAGGUGCUGAUAUCGAGCAUCGUGAUAAAAAAGGUUUUACUCCAUUAAUACUAGCUGCAACCGCUGGACAUGAGAAAGUUGUUGAAAUUUUAUUAAAUCAUGGUGCGGAUUUAGAAGCACAAUCUGAACGUACCAAGGAUACACCAUUAUCGUUGGCGUGUUCUGGGGGACGAUAUGAGGUGGUAGAAUUACUUUUAUCUCGAGGUUCGAAUAAAGAACAUCGUAACGUCUCAGAUUACACCCCACUUAGUUUAGCCGCAUCCGGUGGUUAUGUUAAUAUUAUUAAAUUAUUGCUCACACAAGGAGCUGAAAUUAAUUCAAGAACUGGAAGUAAACUUGGCAUUUCUCCGCUCAUGUUGGCCGCCAUGAACGGACAUACUGCUGCUGUUAAAAUGUUAUUGGAUAUGGGUAGCGAUAUUAAUGCACAGAUCGAAACAAAUCGUAACACUGCCCUGACCUUGGCGUGUUUCCAAGGUCGACAUGAAGUUGUUAGUUUAUUAUUAGACCGUAAAGCGAAUGUAGAACAUAGGGCAAAGACUGGAUUAACACCGUUAAUGGAAGCUGCAAGUGGUGGCUAUGUAGAUGUUGGUCGCGUUCUAUUAGACAAAGGCGCUGAUGUGAAUGCAACACCCGUCCCAUCAUCUAGAGAUACAGCAUUAACCAUAGCAGCUGAUAAAGGACAUUGUAGAUUUGUUGAAUUAUUAUUAUCACGUGGUGCAGCUGUUGAAGUUAAAAAUAAAAAAGGGAAUUCACCGUUAUGGUUGGCUGCAAAUGGUGGCCAUUUAAAUGUUGUUGAAUUAUUAUAUAAUGCAAAUGCUGAUAUUGAUUCUCAGGAUAAUCGUAAAGUGUCAUGCCUUAUGGCAGCAUUUCGUAAAGGUCACAUAAAAGUUGUUAAAUGGAUGGUCGGGCAUGUUACACAAUUUCCUAGUGAUCAAGAAAUGAUGCGAUAUAUUUCUACAGUCAGUGAUAAGGAAUUACUAGAAAAAUGUCAAGAAUGUGUAAAAGUAAUACGUGCUGCCAAAGAAACUCAAGCCGCCAAGGCGAAUAAAAAUGCAACAAUCCUAUUAGAAGAAUUAGAUAUGGAAAAGAAUCGUGAAGAAUCGAAAAAAGCGGCAGCGGCACGAAGACGUGAACGUAAGAAGAAAAAGAAAUUAGAGAAAAAAGAAGAAAAGCGAAAAUUACAUGAAGAAAAUAAAAAGAAUGAAACCUACGAUGAUAACAAAGAUAAAAAGAAUACAACAAAUGUUGUUGUACCGGAUGAUACAACCGAUAAAGCGGAUGCUGAAGAAGCGAGUGGUGAAAAUACACCAACCGAAUCACCAGUACGAAACGGUGAAGCCGAUAAAGAGGAAGGCGAUAGUGGUAUCGAUGCAAAUAGUCAAGGCAGUUGUUCUAGUAACGAUGUCAAAGCGAAAGAGAAACGUAAAGAGAAGAAAAAGAAGAAAAUCGAAAAAAUUACAAAUAAAACCGAAAAUGUUCAUCAUACAACCACGACACAUGAACAACAUUCAAAUAAUCACCAUACGCAUAAUCAUAGUCCUCAACAGUCACGAGGAAGUGCAACUACGAACAAUGCAAGUACUAGUAAAUCACAUUCAGUUGAGAGUAAAGAACAUAAAACUGAGAAACAGCAGAGGCAUUCUUCAGAACAAACACCAGCGACACCAUCGACGGUUCAUCAUCCGACGACGGAAGUUACGCCAAACAAUAAAAGUGGCAAUGCUUCGAAUCGUUCUAGUGGUGGACAAUCGAAUCGUAAAGGUUUGUUGGUGUUUGAAGCAUCUCGACAUCCAUGUGAUCGUGAAGAUUUUGAAGCAACUGGUAAUGAAAAUUAUGCACCUGUUGUCAAGGGGAAAAAAUUAUAUAUACAUUACGAAAAUGAAAAUAUGCCACCGGUGGUCAAUCAAAAAGGAACUGCAACGAGUCCCAAACAAGCGAAUAAACGUGAAGAAGGUUGGAAAGAAGUAGUUCGAAAAUCGUCGAUUCAAGCGGUUUCCACAUUUGAAUCUGGCACCAAAAAAGUAUCAGUUCCAUUAAAUGCAAUCUCUCGUGUAAUUGGUCGUGGCGGCAGCAAUAUUAAUGCAAUUCGAGGUGCAACUGGAGCCCAUAUCGAAGUUGAAAAACAGAGUAAAGGGCAAGGAGAACGUAACAUAACUAUCAAGGGAUCUGCUGAAGCCACUCGUCAAGCACAUAAUCUCAUUGCAACAUUAAUAAAAGAUCCCGAAGCAGAUAUCUUACAAAUAAUACCGAAAACUACAAAACUUGUUGGAACUAUUUCUGCUUGGGAUAAAACAUCUACCUCGUUGUCAAUGAAAGCAAAAACAAAUCAAAAAAUCUCGAAUGUAUCGAAUGUUUCAUCAAUAAGUUCUACUGCCAUGACACAAAACAAACCACCUGGUUCAGCAUCAAUUGCACCGAUUAUACCAUCAAUGCGAUCAAAUUCAACUGUUAAAAUGGGUACAUCAUUUCCACCACCAGUUAGUCGGGCAACAGCGCCAAGAUUAGUAGCAGCAGCUGAAAAACGAGCAGCUGCUGCUCAAAUGGCAGGAAUUGGUACUAAAAACACUAUGUCAUAUACAACAGCUAUGAUGGCUGCUGGACGUGGUAGCACCAAGGUUGUAACAAGUGCGUCUGGUCAAACGUUUGCUGCUAAAUUAACAGAAACAUCAGCUCAACAACAUACUGUACCGACGUCGCAAUUAAAUUCUAUUAAGACCAAAGUUUCACAAUCUUUGGGUAUGUCUCAAGCAAUAAUAUCUACGCCAGUAUCGCCACAAACAUCCUCCACAAUACAACAAUCUCAACAAUCGGCCACGCAUACGAAUAGUAGCAACGUAAAUGUAAUUGUAGCAUCACCAAAACAUAGGCCACCAUCAACGGCCUCUGCACCGCCAACAAUGACUCAACAUAGUUGUAAUAAAAUACCAUUUUCAGCGUCAACAAUAAGAUCUGAACAUCAACCAACAAUUGUCUCAUCAAAUUUAAAUCAAACAGGUAACGGAAACGUUGGGAAUGGACCUCAACAACAAACUGACAACAUGGUGUCAAAUAGUACACAACAUAUGGUCGGAUCCAGUGGUGGAAUAUCUGUGAAUAAUACAACAAACACUGCCGCAAACAAUAUUCAAUUGUUAUCUCAACAAUUACAUCAUCAACAAUCAAAUGUAGUCACUCAACAAAUCCAACCGAUUCAUAUGGAGAGUAAUCUUAAUACACAAUCGAAUGUCGUUACAACGUCAUCGUCAUCGGUAUCUUCGAUUGUUCAACAAGCACCUCCACCAAAUCGAGUACAAACGUAUUCACUAUUUGAUACGUUCUCGAAACAUCAACAAACAAUGUGGGGUGGAGCUCGAAAUAACGAUACCAAUGAGAAACCAAUCAAUUUCGCUGCUGCCACCGGAAGUGUUGGAAGUCAAUCGAAUAUAACUCCUAAGUUUAUCGAUAACGAUCAACCACAAGUGGACGCAUCAAAAGCUCCAGGUUAUCGUGGUACAGCUGUCUGUUCUCCUGUAUCGUCGAAAACAAGUAGCAACAGUACAACACCACCAAAUCUACCAACAAAUUUCCAAAAUUACUCAGAUCCAAGUUGUAUUGGUAAACCACCCGCCGCAAUGGUUGCACAAGGCUUAGCUGUAACACGACCACUAUCACGUACUCCCGGUAUGGACGUCGGCUUAGAUUUAUCACCUCAACAGUAUAAUCGUAAUUUAUAUCAACCAAACAUACCUCCACCGCAACAUUUGGAUCCAAGUGGGGGAUUAUUUAAACCACCGGUAUCGUCUGGUUAUGGACCAAGUGAAAAUUUAUUAAAAAUUGUACCCGGUGAUAAUCAACAGAAUUUAAUACAAUCAUUCCAUCAUCAACCGCAACAACAGCAACCGUUACCUCACCAUAUUGGUUACUCACAACCACAACAAUGUACGAGUAGUAGUAACUCAACGGUGACGAUGUCACGAUUAAAUCCACGUGCGCCAGAUUUUUCUAGCUCUCUGCAUAACUUAUCAAACAAACAACAUAGUUCCCAUAGUUCUCAACAACCGGCCCCACCUGUAGUCAAUACAAAUAUGUUUAAUUCAAGUGGUGGAUACCAUCAUCCAGGUCUUUCAGCUCCACAACAACAACAACACAACACGAUGUUAAAUAAUACCAACGUCCCACCUUAUCAGCUAAAAUCUUCGAUAGGAGGAUAUCCACAAACAUCGACGGGACCACCACCACCAAGACCAAAUCAAAAUUCCCAGCAACAACAACGAUGGCCAUUUAUACAACACGCCUCGAAUACAAGUGGUGGAUUUCAACCGGCGGAUAUGAUGUGUUUACCAAAUAUGAAUCACAUAACAAAUUUAUCACAAUCCGAUUAUCUAUCGGUACUAGAGAAUGGUGGGGGUAUGAAUAUUGUAAAUAGUUCACCGUCAAUGUCACCAAAUUCACCAAGUGACUCACAACAACGUGGUGUUGGUGGUGGGAAUACUGGUAAUGGGGGCAUGAGUGAGGAUCGUAAAAUACCACGACCGAUUGGUACCGAACGUGCAUGGAAGAAUAAUCCAUAUAAUAAUCCACAAAUACCACAACAGCAGAGUACAGCUGCAACGAUUAAUCAAUUGGGAGCGGAAAUUGGUGAAGCAACAAGUAUUUGGUUGUUAAAUAAUGAAGCGAAAAUUACGUUAAAUUCAUGGCCAAAUAUUGCAUCGAAUAUGGAUAGGCAUAAUUUAUUCCGUACAUAUCCAUAUAAUCGAUUACCAACGGAUGAUAUGCCAACAAUGGAUACAACGUUCUCUCACAUGGACAGUCAACAACAAGCAGCAUUCCAAAAUGGAAGUACAGCGACUGCAUUAUCAUUAAUGCAUUCAUUACAACAAUAUAAUGCAACGGCUGCUGGUAACACUGGUGUAGUGGGAGCUGUUGGUCCUGAAAUGGUUGACACAAGUAACGCAGGUAGUUGGGGUGAUGUCACAAUCACUGGUGACAAACAACAGCAACAACAACAAGCAACACAUGUGAGUGGUCGACAUCAUCAAGCCGAUGUUUUGUUAACACGAUCACAACAUUACUGAUUAUGCGCGAUCAUGUGUUGUAGGGCUGGACAACGACAACACCACAUAAAUGGAGCAAUCAGUAAUUUGAUCCAAACAUAAAACAUGUCCUCAAAAAAAAGUAAAACUUGUGUCUGUCCUUCUAUCUCCCCUCAUCGCGAGAUAUCGUCAUCCACCCCUCAAUUUCUCACACACACAAAAAAAAAACAUAUUAUGGAUUUUUAUUUUUUUGGGAAUAAAAAAACUAAAGGAAAACUUCUACAAAAAUGAAUUCCUCGGGUAGUUUAGAUCAUAAACUUGACCGUGUUGUAGUUUUUGGUUAAUUAUAUUUAAAAAAAUACAUAAUUAUUCAAUAUAUCCAAAAAAAAUAUUCUUCUCUUAUUGUUGACACGAUUAUUUCGCUCUGCUAAAUAUUGGCUUAGACAUUUUUAAAUAAAACUGAUUAAAAGAAAAACAACUGAGUUGACUUUUCAAUACAAAUCACAGGUUGUGGAUUUUUUUCAUUCUCUUGUGCCAUGAAAAUUCAUUUCAACUUUUUUUUUAGAUAAACGUCUACACAUGACGCCUAACCUUAUAGAAAAGUAGGAUUGGUUAAUUGUUUUUUAAUAUUUUACAAGCUUGACCCCCUAUAACCUUUUAUUUCAGCCAAGGACUCCGCAUAAACCUUAGAACAAAGUAAGAUAACCCUAUAACCUUUUUGACUUGAAUUCCAUAUACAGUGAAACCUGGUUAAGUGGUACAUCAAGGGACCUGCAAAUUUAUCUCACUUUUAUAGAGGUAUUCCACUUACCCAGUGUCUCAGAUAUCAGGUAUAAAUAAAUAAAUAUCUAUCUCAUUUACAGGGGGUUUCAUUAAUAGAGGUCGGAAUACAGGUUAUUUCAGUUAUAGAGGUUCCAGUUAUGGAGGUUUCUCAUUUAUUCAGGCCCCACUUAACCAAGUUUCACUGUAUAUAAAAAAUCAACACCAAAAUCUUUUUUUUCAUUAAGAAAUCGAAUCUAAAAGGUUUCAAUCAAAUUGUUUGAAAAACUAUUAUUUUCCAAACUAAAAAAUAUUUAUUCGAAUAUUUCUAAAAGUUAACUAAUUCUAUUUAAUUUAUCCGAUGUCUUUUUACAGCAAAAGCACUUAAAUGCGCAAAAGGUACCAUAUGUAGUAAAUCCUCAUUUCCUAGAUUUUUGAAAAGUCCUCAAAUGUAUAAAAAAAACUAUUGGCUAUUCGAUGAAACAAGUUUUCGUAAUUUGAUUUUUUUUUUAGUAAUAUUAGGUUUAUAUUCUCAACGUGAUAACUCAUUUUUUUUGUUCAUUAGCAUAAUUUCAGCUCGAAUUGUCGAUGAUGUUUCUCGUUCGAGAAUAUAAAGUUAAUAUAUAUU